CGCGGCCAGUGCUCACCCGGCCUCCGCGGACGCCGCUCGCGUCGUGUACCAGUGUACGUGUACCGUGUACCGCGACCCGUGUACCAGUACCGUUGUUCGUAGUGUUGUGACUGUGGGAAACGUGGAUGCUUUUCAAUGAGUUUUGGAAACGUAUGUCUUAAGUUAUAGAACCUUGGCAAGCAAAUAUUCAAAACUAAUCGACUGCUAGUCCGUAACCAAACAUCCACGAAUAAGCUUUAAGCAAUGAAACACUGGAACUUAACAAACCGUCCGUAAUAAGGACUUCAAGUACACAGUGAACAGUGGAAACAAAAUCGCACUCUGCAGUCAACAGUGAAACUAGUGACAGUGAACAGCGCGUAACGCUCUUCGCCCUGUAGUGAACGGUGAAACAAGUGACAGUGAACAGCACAUGCACUCUGCAAUGAAACCAGUGACAGUGAGCGCGUGAAGUGAACAGUGAAACAGUGAAACAGUGAAACUGAGAUGACGUGACGACGCCACAAUGUACCGGCCCAAUUUCUACGAAAGCACUUGUUUCCGGUGCAACGAGAUCGUAUACCAAGUGGACCGAGUUGGUCCGCUGAAGGACUUUACGUUCUUUCACAGUGGCUGCUUCAAAUGUGCAGUAUGCAGGACGAAGCUCACAUUGAAGACAUACUUCAACAACCAGCACUACACAGAGGACAAGGAAGUGUACUGCUCUUCGCACGUGCCCAAGAUCGGUCCAGGGCACCUGGACAACUCCUCCGUCGGCAUCCGCAGCGCGCUCAACGUGCCGCGCAGCAACAACUACGUCAACGAGCAGAUCCGCGGCCUCGCCCGGAACAUUGACAAUGAACGUGAGUCUGACAAGGUCCAUCACCUGGACAACUCGUCGGUCGGCAUCCGCAGCGCGCUCAACGUGCCGCGCAGCAACAACUACGUCAAUGAGCAGAUCCGCGGCCUCGCCCGGAACAUUGACAAUGAGCGUGACGCGCUCAACGUGCCGCGCAGCAACAACUACGUCAACGAGCAGAUCCGCGGCCUCGCCCGGAACAUUGACAAUGAACGUGAGUAUGACAAGGCCCAUCACCUGGACAACCCGUCAGCAUCCGCAGCGCGCUCAACGUGCCGCGCAGCAACAACUACGUCAGCGAGCAGAUCCGCGGCCUCGCCCGGAACAUUGACAAUUAACGUGAGUAUUAAGAAGCAAUGCCACGUCGCCACGUGA